CCCGCCCCCUCCCCGCGUCUGUCGCGUCGCUCGGGCCCGGCCCGGCCCGGCCCCGGCGCCUCAUUGUGCUUCGCCUCACGCCGGCCCAAGAUGGCGGCGGCGCCCGAGAGCCCCGCGAGCCGCCAACGACAAUAGAGGGAGGGACGGGACCCGCCGCCCCCCCGGCACCGGCCGCCCCUCCCCGCCGCUCCCGCCGCCCCCCGCCCGCCGCACCGCGCCCACGCCCCCGGCCCGGCCCGGCCGCCGCACCCCGCCCCGGCCGGCCCCUCUAGCAUGGUGCGGGGCCGCCGCCGCCUCGUCCUCCGGCUGCCGACAUGGGCGAGAGGCUGGAGCUGCGGCUGAAGUCGCCCGUGGGAGCCGAGCCCGCCGUGUACCCCUGGCCGCUGCCCGUCUACGACAAACACCACGAUGCUGCUCAUGAAAUUAUUGAGACAAUUCGGUGGGUCUGUGAAGAAAUCCCAGAUCUCAAGCUUGCCAUGGAAAACUAUGUUUUAAUUGACUAUGAUACAAAAAGCUUUGAGAGCAUGCAGAGACUGUGUGACAAGUACAACCGAGCCAUUGACAGCAUCCACCAGUUGUGGAAGGGGACCACGCAGCCCAUGAAGCUGAACACGCGUCCCUCCAACGGGCUCCUGAGGCACAUCCUGCAGCAGGUCUACAACCACUCGGUCACCGACCCCGAGAAACUCAACAACUACGAGCCCUUCUCGCCCGAGGUCUACGGAGAAACCUCCUUUGACUUGGUGGCCCAAAUGAUCGAUGAGAUUAAAAUGACAGAGGAUGAUUUGUUCGUUGACUUGGGCAGUGGUGUGGGGCAGGUGGUGCUUCAGGUGGCUGCAGCCACAAACUGCAAACAUCACUAUGGAGUGGAGAAAGCUGAUAUUCCAGCCAAGUAUGCUGAGACGAUGGACAGAGAGUUCAGAAAAUGGAUGAAAUGGUAUGGGAAGAAACAUGCAGAAUACACACUGGAAAGAGGUGACUUCCUCUCAGAAGAAUGGAGGGAGAGGAUUGCAAACACAAGUGUUAUUUUUGUGAAUAAUUUUGCCUUCGGGCCUGAGGUGGAUCACCAGCUGAAGGAGCGCUUUGCCAACAUGAAGGAAGGUGGGAGAAUUGUGUCCUCAAAACCUUUUGCACCUCUAAAUUUUAGAAUUAACAGUCGAAACUUGAGUGAUAUUGGCACUAUCAUGAGGGUUGUGGAGCUGUCACCACUGAAGGGCUCUGUGUCCUGGACAGGGAAGCCAGUCUCCUACUACCUGCACACCAUUGACAGAACCAUACUUGAAAACUAUUUUUCUAGUCUCAAAAAUCCAAAACUCAGGGAGGAACAAGAGGCAGCUAGACGUCGUCAACAAAGAGAAAACAAAAGUAACACAACGACUCCAACGAAGGUCCAAGAAAACAAGGAUUCUGGUGCUGAAGAAGAAAAAGCUGCAGCAAAUUCUGUUAAAAAGCCAUCUCCCUCCAAGGCCAGGAAGAAGAAGCUGAGUAAGAAGGGCAGGAAAAUGGCAGGGAGGAAACGAGGGCGCCCCAAGAAAAUGAACACGGCGAGCACUGAGCGCAAGACCAAGAAGAACCAAACUGCACUAGAAAUUCUGCAUGCUCAGACUGUCUCCCAGACAUCUUCAUCCUCUCCUCAGGAUGCCUACAAGUCACCUCAUAGCCCAUUUUUCCAACUACCUCCUAAAGUGCAACGGCAUUCGUCCAACCAGCUCCUGGUGACACCCACCCCCCCUGCACUACAGAAGCUGCUAGACUCAUUUAAGAUCCAGUACAUGCAGUUCAUGGCAUACAUGAAAACUCCUCAGUACAAAGCAAGCCUGCAACAGUUACUGGAGCAGGAAAAGGAGAAGAAUGCUCAGCUGCUGGGGACAGCCCAGCAGUUGUUCACCCACUGCCAGGCCCAGAAGGAGGAAAUCAAACGUCUGUUCCAGCAGAAGCUCGAUGAGCUGGGAGUUAAAGCUCUGACGUACAACGACCUGAUCCAGGCUCAGAAGGAAAUCUCUGCUCACAACCAGCAGCUGAAAGAACAGACAAAACAGCUGGAGAAGGACAACAGUGAACUCAGGAACCAGAGCUUGCAGCUGCUGAAGGCUCGCUGUGAAGAGCUGAAGCUGGAUUGGUCAACGCUGUCACUGGAGAACUUGCUGAAAGAGAAGCAGGCCUUGAAGAAUCAGAUUUCUGAGAAGCAGAAGCACUGUUUGGAACUGCAGAUCAGCAUCGUGGAACUCGAGAAGAGUCAGCGGCAGCAGGAGCUGCUGCAGCUCAAGUCCUACACACCCUCAGAGGAGCCCCUGCCAGUGCAGCUGCACAGCAAAAGCCACCUGAGCCGUGAGCCCGAGGCUGAGCAGGGCAGGUUCCAGCUGGAACUGGAGUGCUCCAAGUUCCCCAUGCCCCACAUCAAUGGCAUGAGCCCCGAGCUGUCCAUGAACGGCCACGCCACCCCCUACGAGCUGCAGCACGCCUUCAGCCGGCCCUCGUCCAAGCAGAACACCCCCCAGUACCCCAACUGCCACCUGGACCAAGACAUUGUGCCCUGCACCCCCAACCACAGCAGCAGGCAGAAGGCAGACAAGGUGACCAGCCUGGCCCUCCCUGAUUACACCAGAUUCUCCCCUGCUAAAAUCGCCCUGCGCCGACACUUGAAUCAGGACCACGGAGUCAAUGGAAAAGCCACAGCUAGUGAGAUCCAGAGAGCUGAGCAUGUCAAAGAGAAUGGCCUUACAUAUCCAAGCCCUGGAAUUGCAAAUGGCAUAAAGCUGAGUCCUCAGGAAACUCGGCCCUCCUCCCCCGCGGCCUUACCCAGUGCAGGAGAGAAGGUUUUGAGAGAGAGAAGCUCUGUGAGUAAUGGAGAAACUAUCACCAGCCUCCCUAUCAGUAUUCCUCUGAGCACAGUGCAGCCCAAUAAACUCCCUGUUAGUAUCCCUCUGGCCAGCGUAGUCCUACCUAGCCGUGUUGAGAAGGUGAGAAGCACACCCAGCCCAGUUCACCAGAGCAGAGACUCAUCAACACUUGAAAAGCAGAUUGGUGCUAGUUCUCAUAAUGGCAUAAGCAAUGCUGCUGGAAACAAGCCUCUGGCUUUGGCUACCUCAGGUUUUUCUUACUCUUCUGGCUCCGUGGCAGUCAAUGGAAAUCUUACAAACAGCCCAGCCCAUCUUAACCAUAGUGUUGAUCAGGCAGCUCUGGACGACUCUGGGAGUCUCUUUAACUCUGUAGGGUCUCGGAGUUCCACUCCACAACAUCCUUUGCUAAUGAUGAGGAACUCUGGGCAGAACUCCCCUGCUCAGCAGCACUCGAGCCCCCGCUUAGGUGGCCCGGCCCAGAGCCUGGCAGGGGGACUGCAGAGUGCAGAGGCUCAGAAGAUCUUUGCCGAAGCAACAAAGGGGGACCCGCAGUGUGAUGCAGCCUUUUCAGAUCCCGAGAACGAGGCCAAGAGGAGAAUCAUCUUUACAAUCUCUCCUAAUACAGGACAUGUAAAACAAUCCCCUUGCAGCAAGCACAGCCCCGUGGCCGGCAGCUGCCAGGCCCACGGGCAGGACGGGAAGAAGCGGGGCCGGCGGAAGAGAUCGAACCCGGGCAGUGCCAGCGGCAACGGCGCCGUCUCCCCGAAACGCAAAGCCCUGCCCUCGCUGGCCGGGCUCUUCACACAGCCCUCGGGGUCACCCCUCAACAUCAACUCCAUGGUCAAUAACAUUAACCAGCCCUUAGAAAUAACAGCCAUUUCCUCUCCUGAAAACUCCCUGAAGAACUCUCCUGUUCCUUACCAGGACAAUGACCAGCCCCCAGUGCUGAAAAAAGAGAAGCCCCUCGUUCAGAGCAACGGUGUCCAUUACUCCCCCCUGACAUCGGAUGACGAGCAGGGCUCUGAGGAUGAGCACAAUAGCAGCAGAAUUGAGAGGAAAAUUGCAACAAUAUCAUUGGAAAGCAAAUCUCCACAGAAGACUGUUGAAAAUGGUGGCAGCAUAUCGGGGAGGAAACAAGCACAAAGCAACGAGAACAUGAACAGCAGCAAAUGGAAAUCGACUUUUUCACCGAUAUCUGACAUCAACCUGACCAAAACCACCGACAGCCCCUUGCAGGCCGUGUCAGCUCUGAGCCAGAACUCCCUGUUUGCCUUCAGGCCUCCCUCCGAGGACGGGCUGCCCAUGGACACCAAGGUGCCAGGACACCCCAGGAAGAGCCUGGCAGUGCCCUCGGACGGGCUGAGCCCUGGCACAAACCCCCCCAAUGGCUUCAGCUACAACGGGGGCCUGUCCUCCGAGCUGGGCCUGCACGGCUUCAUGGACGGCGCUGCUCUCCCUCACAAAGCUGGGGAUGGCUCCAACUGCUCCCUGGGCUUCCCCUCGCAGCGAGGCAAGGACCUGGGGGUGUCAGACACCAACCUGUUCCUGAACAAGAGGCAGCUGGAAGCUCUGGGCACCAAGGGAGAAGAGCUGAGCCGGCCGGGGGUGAAGGGCAAGGAGCUGGGCGAGCUGAGCGCCCGAGCAGGGGGGGCUGUGGAGAAAAACUCAGUGCAGCACAACGGGAAGGUCGGCAAGGGAAGGGACCGAGACGUGGAGUUUAAAAACGGCCACAACCUUUUCAUUUCUGCUGCUGUUUCGUCUGGUGGCCUUCUGAAUGGUAAAAGCCUUUCUACUGCUGUUUCCUCAGCAGGGAACCCAGCGCCGUCUGUCCCGACGCACCAUCCCUUCCUCAACACUCUGACCACUGGAUCACAGUUCCCCCUCGGCCCCAUGGCCUUGCAAGCAAACCUCAACUCGGUGACAAAUUCCUCAGUAUUGCAGUCCUUAUUUAAUUCAAUGCCAGCUGCUGCCAGUCUGGUCCACGUGUCAUCAGCUGCAACCAGACUGACUAAUUCUCACACUAUGGGGAACUUCUCUCCUGGGGUUACAGGUGGAACAGUUGGAGGUAUUUUUAACCAUGCGGUGCCUUCUGCCUCCUCUCCUCAUCAGUUUGGAGCCAGUUUCAGCAGCAGUGCUGUCUCUAGCAGCACCGUGCUAAGCUUAAACCCUCUGCAGGCUGUUGCCAGCACCUCAUCCUCAUCCUUCCCACCCUCUUCCUCUAAUUUAGUAACAUCUAGUGAGACUAGACCUGCUCAGCACCUCAACAGAGCUCCAGUGCAAUCUGUCUUCCACCCCCCUCCACCCCCUCCUAACGUGUCCUUGCCUCCCCCUCCUCCUUUACUCGCUUCUAACUCCGAGCCUGCUCUCCUGCAGAACCUGCCCUCCAUCCCUCCUGGCGAGACGUUCCUGCCCUCCUCCUCCUCCUCCUCCUCCUCCUCCUGCUCUGCUCCUGUCCAGUCUAACUCUUCUUUGUCUCUCAAACUGGCUUCUCUCCAGCACAAACCCUCCCGCCCCUCCUUUACCGUGCACCACCCGCCCCUGCCCCGCGUGCUCCCGCAGCCCAACGCCGCUGGCACGGCCGCUAUGUGGGUGACCCUUGGCAUGCAGCCUCCUUAUGCUUCGCACCUUUCGGGGGUUAAGCCACGAUAAAGAGCUUGCUUAGCUAACAGUUCUUGUUUUGUAAGGUAACUAGGAUUUCUACCUCAACCCAAUGUGACCUAUGCAAGGACAACGUGGACCAACUUCACUCGGCUUCCACUGAAAGGUGCUCACCUGGCCUGUGCAGGGGUUUCUACUCUUACUACUGGACAAAAUAAAAACCAUAAAAAAAAAAGACCUAAACAACAGAGCAAACAUUUACUGUGAAUCUGACUAAAAAAAAAAAAAGAAAAAAAAAGGAAAAAAAGGCAAAAAAAAAAGGCAAAAGAAAUGCUUAAAGCUCCAGUUUGUAUUGUUGAUAGUUUAGAUAAAGUAUUUAUCUUUUUUUUAAAGUGAAAACAAUUUUGACUUAUUUUAUUCCACCUAGAUUCAUAAAUACAAGUUAUUAUUAUUAAAUUCUCGGAAUACUAAAGGACUGGCACACCAGCAGAGAUGUAAAAGAGCCUCCUCGGUGCUAUUUUGUCCGUCAGAACUGUGCCUCUGGUUUGAAUCCUUGGUGCUGAUUUUGGGGGGUUGACCAAUGCCAAACCCAGUUUUUAAAGGUCUGCAGAUUAUUUAUUCCCCUGCCUGUGUUCAUAUCCCCAAAUCCUCUUGGUUGGCAGCCAGGGCUGACAGAGGAAGGAAUUUUCCCCCAGUGUUUGGUUCAGACUGAGCCAGGCCCUUUUUACCUGGGUGGGUUUUAAUUGAGUUUGUGACUAAUGAGGGCUCUGUGCUCCCCUCUGGAGCAGCCUGGGCAGGCACAGCUGGAACAGGAGAAAUCCAAGUCCUGCCCCAUCCAAACUCCUUCCCUGGGCCAUCUGCAGGUGCUGGUGGUGCUGGGGUCACUGUGAAUUUUGGUAGCUGGUCUGGUAACGCUUCUUGGGGCUGGCCUUGGUGUUUGAGCAGGGUGUGUGCUGGUGCAGCCCUCUCCCAGCUUUGGGAAGGUUGAACUUUGUGUUUCUGUCCUGCUGCAGGCUGCAGAGUUUGCUCAGCUCCUUGUUCUUUCCUUCCAAGCACGACGCUUUCCUUGGUAGGGUUUGGAUGCUUGACUCUGACCCGGCCUGGCCGUGUCCAUGGAUUAACAAGGUGCAUUUUGCUUUUGUGUUCCUUUGCUUUUCAGUAGGUUCUUGAAUGGUAGUUCACAAAAACACCCUGACCUGACCCUGUGCUGUCACUGUCCCCCUGCGUCGUGACUCGGUGCCGUGUGUGCAGGAGGGGCUGAUUUCAUAGAGCUGUGAUGGAAACUUCUCAGUUCCCUAUGCUUUAUUUCCUUUGGUUUUACUUUGUACAAUGCACAAUGAACCUGUAAAAAACUUAUUUAUUCAAGUGCACAAAGUGAGGAGGAGAAGGAGGAUCCAUUGAAGUAGAAAUCAGGCUGGCCUGAGUUCAGGCCAGGCCAAGCACCAAUUAAAAAUAUUACAGUAGAAAGGGGAUUGCAACAGCAAAAUGACUGGAAAAAAAAAUCACAUUCAGGCUUUGGAAAACACUCUUGGUGCUCAGAGGGGCAGCACUGGCUUUAACCCCUCUAAUGCUCCCUGCUGGAUCUCCCACUGCAGCAGCCAGGCAGGAGCAGGAGCCCCUUGGAGCCCCCAGGGUCACAGAGCUGCUCUGGCUUUGGGCUCAGUGGGGUCCCUGUGCCCUCCUGGGCCCUGGCUUUGGGCUCAGUGGGGUCCCUGUGCCCUCCUGGGCCCUGGCUUUGGGCUCAGUGGGGUCCCUGUGCCCUCCUGGGCCCUGGCUUUGGGCUCAGUGGGGUCCCUGUGCCCUCCUGGGCUCUCUGGCUUUGGGCUCAGUGGGGUCCCUGUGCCCUCCUGGGCCCUGGCUUUGGGCUCAGUGGGGUCCCUGUGCCCUCCUGGGCUCUCUGGCUUUGGGCUCAGUGGGGUCCCUGUGCCCUCCUGGGCUCUCUGGCUUUGGGCUCAGUGGGGUCCCUGUGCCCUCCUGGGCUGUGGCUUUGGGCUCAGUGUGGUCCCUGUGCCCUCCUGGGCUCUGGCUUUGGGCUCAGUGGGGUCCCUGUGCCCUCCUGGGCUCUGGCUUUGGGCUCAGUGGGGUCCCUGUGCCCUCCUGGGCUCUCCUGCCUGGGUCCAGCAGGGUUGGGAGUGUUGGAGGGGCUCAGGGGCUGCAGCAGCUCCUCCCUCUGCAGGUGCAGCUCUGAGCCUCAUCCUGGGCAGUCCUGGGGAGGUUUAGGACCAGGUGCAGUUGUCCUGUGGAUUCCUGGCUGUGUCUUCCAUGGCAGCCUCUGUGCAGCCUCUGGGGUCUGGCUUUGCCUCCUUAUCCUCUGGGAAGGGACUGAAAGCCCUGGGAGCUGGGGGCAUUUUGGCAUUUCUGCUUUGUGUGGGACAGGGUGUGUCCUGCUGAGGGUCUGGCAGCACAGGGAGAGCCUGGGGAAGGGCAGGAAUGCUCAGAGGGUGAGAGGAACAUCCAGUAGCUUCUCGUAGGAGCCAAACUCAGUGUAUGUCCUGGAAUCCAGGAGCACAGUAACCCAGAUGCUUUGCAGCUGGGAGUUGGGCAGCUCCAGCUUCUGCCCCAGCACACAGCAGAGUGCUGGGGCCUCUGGAGACUGUAAAUGAGUGAUUGCUGGAGGGGCAGCAGCCUUAAUUAAUUUCCUAAUUACCUCUCCCCCAUGGUUUAUAUCUCUGGUGAAAGAGAGAGAGGAGGAAAUUCAAGUAGAAGCUUUUCACCCCCCUGCUUUGAUCAGAUCCUUUCCUGCAGAGGGACCAGAAUUUGGUGUCCCUUGGAGCUCUUGUGCCUCCCUUCAUCACCUCCAGCCACAGAGAUCCAGGGAGAAAGCUCAGCUGCCAUCCCUGUCCUGGUUUGGGUGGUGCCCAGGGCACUGCCAGGGUUCCUGCUGGAGAAGGACCCAACCCACAGAUCCCAGGAACCCUCUGUGCCCUGCUCCAGGCCUGGGUCACCUGUGUCACCUGUGUCACCCUCCCUGCAGGCUGAGGAGGGACAGAUCCUUUGGGAAUGAUGUGCUCUGCAUCCAGUAGAGCUGUCAGAGGUCAGGGUGGCCUGGCCACUGUCACCUCACAGCUGGACUCGCUGAUCUGGAAGAUCUUUUCCAACCUGAACAAUUCUGUGAUUCCAGGACCCUUUGGAGCCUUGGGUGAGGAGUUUGUCCCCUGCUCUUUGCUGGGUGCUGUGGAGAAGCAGAGCCUGUCUGUGCCUCAGUGUCACCUUUGUCACUGCCUUGGUGGCCAGGAGCAGCCUCAGGAAUGGCAGCACAACCCCUGGGGCUCAGCACAGCUGGGCCUGAGCCUCUGCCACCUCCCAGGAGCUUUGGCUCUGUGGCUCUCCAGACUCACCCAGGAAGGGGAGCAGACCCAGGAGUGAAUCUUUGGGGUUCCUGGAAAGGGAUCCAGUCUGCCUGAGCCUCAUCUUCCCCCUGCCUGUGCAGCACUGCCUGCUGCACCCCAGUGCCUGCUGCCAUCCCAGUGCCCUCUGUGCCCUCCCUGCCCACCCAGUGCCCUCUGUGCCCCCCUGCCCACCCCACUCUGGGGCAUCUGGAGCUGCUCCAGCCUUGCUGGUGUCCCCCCAGCCCAGGCCCUGCACUGUGUCUGUUCCUGGUUGUGAUUCCCAGGUUGUGCUUCCAGCUGGGGCCUGCUCAGCACUGAGGGCAGCCAGGGGGGCAGUUUGGGGCUGGUGCCUCAGCACUGGCUGAGCUGGGAGAUGUUUUUGCCAAGAGAUUCCUGGUUUUGUCUUCCCUCUCCGUGACCUUUUAUUGCUUUGCCACGAUCUGGGGCAAGCCCAGCUUAAAAUCUUGGACUCACAGAACAUCCUGAGUUGGAAGGGACCUGGAGGCUCCUGGAGUGCAGCUCCUGGCCAGUCUCUUGCUGCUCUGUCUGCACAUUGGGAAGAGCUCUCACCUGGCUGGAUCCAUGUGGCCACAGCUGUGACCCCACUGCUGCAGCACUGAGCCAGGAGCUGAAACCUGUUUGCAAUAAUUGAAGAUCCUCUGGAGCAAUCAAAGCCUAACAGUUCCAAAAAAGAGAAUUUCUCCUGCUGGUGCUGGGUCCAGUCCUUCUGGGGCUGUGACACCAUUCCCUCCCUCCAGGCCUCUGCUGCCAGCAAAGGACUCGCCAGGAAGCAAAAACACAUCUUGGAGCAAGUCUGCUGCCAAAAAAUGGAACUUCCUGAGUGCUGUGCUGAGGAAAACCUGUCCCUGCUGCUGAAUGUCAGCCUUGAGGAACAAGAAUUCCGUGGGCUCUUCCUUUCUUGGGCAUUUGCCACCUCUGGCUCGCCAGGCCCAGUCCCCUGGGGAGCCACAGUGCUGGGAGGGCUCCACAGGCACUGCACCUAAAUUUGGGACUUGCUGCAGAUGAGUAAUUCAGCAGCAAUUCUUCUUCCAUCAGCCAGGGCUGUGGAGACAGCCAGCAGCUGGAAUUGCUGAGGGAAAGCACUGCUGAGGAUGAGGAGGCUGGAUCUGAGCUGGUGCAGGGGAUGAAGGGGGUUGGAUCCAUCCCCUCCAUGCUGUUCCCUGCAGGAUCAGCCUGGACAAGCAGGGAGCAGCGUUCUGGGGGAGUGCAGCACAUCCUCCCUGAGCUGCCAUCCUGGGCUGAGCCCAUCCAGCUCCUCCUGACCACCAGCAAUUUGUGUCUCCUCAGCCACACAGGUCAGAAACUCUUGUGCUUCCAUCUCUUUACCUUCCUUGCUGUUGGCAGCAUUUUAUCCUCCAGUGCAGGCUCUGUGCUCCCUCUGCUCCUGCCUGGGGCUGGGCUCUGGGCUCAGCCUGGCACAAGAAUUGGGAUUUCCCCUCAUUGCUGGCAUCAGCCCUUGGAGGGUCUGUCUGGGCUCACAGCACAGUCCCUGAGGUCCUGCAGGCAGGAAGGUGACAGCCCUUGCUCAUGAAUGGAUUUACUCAUCUCUUCUUGAAUCCAGAGAUUCCAAAUCCCCAGGAUUUGACACUCCUUAGUGUGAAACUCGCCCAGCUCUGGGUCACACUCAGUUCAGCUGAGUCACUUUCUUCUUUCUUCAGUCAAAUUUAAUCCUUGAGGAGGUCACUUGAGCAAUUGCAGCCUGGGAGUGGAGAGGUUUCCAGUCUGAUCAGCUCUUCCAUCCUACCUGGAACCCUGUCCAGCUGCAGCACUGCUGCAGGGCUGGGUGGGGCUGUGUCCCUGCCCUCACCCUGGGGACAGAUUUUCUUCUGAGACGUGUGCUGGGGUCACUUCAGCCUUCUUUGGCUUCUUAAAUGACUUUAUUGGUGCUUUCCAAUCUUCCCAAACUGUUCUGAUUGUGUACAGACACAGCUGGGAGGAGAUGGGUGAGAGCCAGACCUGCCUCACCUGCAGCUCCUGCAUCUUCCCCCAGCUCCGUGGGCUUCCACAGCUCAGGUGCUCCCCAGCACAGUGAAUUUACUGCCUGUGGUCCCUGUUUCCAUCUCAUCCCAGCCUUCCCCUGGCAGGACCUGGACCUUCCUGCUCUGCUGGGCUGCUCCUUCCAGGGCCUUUCCUGUGGCCAUGGGCAGGCAGCCCUGGCUUUGGUUCUUGCUGGGCUUUGGUUCUUGCUGGGGCUUGGUUCCCUCUGGGGUUGUGUGUUCAGGAAGCAGCAUCUGCCACCAGUGGAUAUUUUUCCACUUGGCAGAGAGUCCAGGUGACAGGGGGGUGACAGGGGGGUGGUGACAGGGACAGUCCCAGUCCCAGCAGUGCAGAGCUGCUGGGGACACCCAGGCCUGGCUCAGGGAGGGGACAGCCAGUGCUUCCAGCUCCUCUGGGUCCCUUCAGGGCCCACCUUGGACUGGGGACCUGUUCCCCCUGUGCCCCCUGUGCCCUCGGGAUGCUCUUGGGAUGCUCUGGUUCCCCUGCCCUGCUCCAGGUCCUGCUGAUUGGGACUCCCAGUGCUGGGAGCUGCUCUCAGGCUCUUGAUGGGGAUUCCCCUCCCUGCUGGGCCCUCCCUGGGCCCUCCCUGCCCCCCUGAGCCCUGGGGCCACCUGCAGAGCCUGGCCCGGGGUCUCUGUCCCCAGGAGCUGCUCCUGGAGCUGCCGUUCCCCAGGGUCUGGGGUUCUCCUGUCACUGGUGCUGAGGUGGCUUUGCUUGGUCACGUCCUGUGGGAUUUUGGUGCUGGAAUUGUCCCUGUGCUCCAGGCCCUGGAAUCCUGAGGGGUCUCUGUGUGUUUUGUCCUGGGGAACUCCACCCUGGAAUGAUCCCAGCUCCCAGGGGGGCUGUUGUGGAAAAUUCUGCUUUUCUUGUUUUGCCUGAGCCAAAAGCACAGAGGGGAUUCAGGACUGGGAGCAGGGGAGGGCCUUGGACAGGGCUGUGAACCCAAAAUGCUUUUGGGGAGCAGAAACUUCACAGUGUUUUUGUGAACUAUCUUUGCAGCACUGAGGAAAAAUCACAGGAAUUGGAGUUUUGGGAGUACAGAUGUGCAGUCAGUGUAUGAAUAUUUGAAUUCUUACUGGUUUUAAAGGGUUUUUUCUUUUUUUUUUUUUUUUUUUUUUUGCUCCAUUUCCAUUUUCCGCUCCAUUUGCGGAUCAGGUUUUCACUAAAAGCUGUUUCAAAAUGUUGUUGUGCCAUAUUUUAUUUAUCCUUAUACAUUAUAAAUAUAUAAAUAUAUAUUUAGACUGAAUAUUGCAUUGAAAGAUGCUGUUAUUGGGAACUUCAGGGUUUAAAACCAAGACAAAAAAAAAAAAAAAUUGGGAAAUAAUUCUCCAGUACUUUACUGUUUGGGAUCCUCUUCCUGAAGAGGCUCCUUGAAUUCUUUGUGGUGUAAAAACAAAAUCUCAUCUGAAAAUUCCAAGUUUGACGAUGCUAACCCUGAAGUUCUCAGGUUUGUGAUCCUUUGGUUUUCUCGAGGUACAUCUGGUUGCUUUUCUGGUGCAGUCAAAUAAUUUUUUUUAAAAGGUUUUGUCUCUGGAGUUAUUGAGGAAAAGGUGGAAUGGGUUGAUCCAUCCUGCUUGGCUUUUUUAACCUAUUAAUCAUUGAAGUGAUCGAUUUCCAAUUAAAACCCAACUUUUUAGGUCUCUGUUCUACUUAAACUUUUUAGGAGUGAGAGCCUGCCCUCGCUGAGUGGGACUUGGAUGGGGAAAGCAGUAGAUGAUGAGGUUGCUGUUGCUCAGGAAUUGAUUAGUAAACUUUUAACUACUAAUAAAAAUCCAUUUUUCAAUGGAUUUUUAGAAAAACCCAUUUUCUUAGGACAGUGAUAUGGGAUGUUUCCUAGUGAAUAGGAAUUAGUUUAUAUAGUUUAGCCUAUUAAACUGAAUUAUUUAAAAUUCAAACUUCCCCUAAUUUAUCUUUUUUUUUUUUUUUUGGGUUUU